GUGUGAGGUGUGCGAAUGUAUAUGGUGUGAACAGCUGAUGGGGGAGGUCUCAAGGUCCCAAGGACUUUAUAAGGACGGCCUGAUGUGUGUGAAGACAAGUCGCUGUGGAGCUGAGCGUCACAUUCACACCAUGCACCCCCUCCGGGCUCUGUUUCUCCUGGCUGCAGGCCUCUGUGUCGCCCAGGCUUACAACGUCAAGGCGCUCACGCAGUUCAGGAAGAUGAUCCUGUGCGUGCUGCCCAACAGCUGGCCGGCGCUGGACUACGCCGACUACGGCUGCUACUGUGGGAAGGGAGGCUCCGGUGAACCAGUGGAUGAUCUGGACAGGUGCUGCCAAGUGCAUGACCAGUGCUACAACGAUGCCAUGCAGCAUCCUAAAUGCUGGCCCAUCCUCGACAACCCCUACACCGAGUUCUACGACUACAGCUGUGACAAAGACAACAAGAAGAUCACCUGUGGCAGCAAAAAUAACGAGUGUGAAAUGUUCAUCUGCGAGUGCGACCGGAAGGCCGCCGAGUGUUUCGCCGUGUCGCCCUGGAACCCUGAGCACGAACACCUGCCCAGCGACCGCUGCCGCUGAAGACGCCCGGAACACGCUCACGAAUCAAAUCAAAUCAACCGAUCCGUAUGCGUCUCUGAAGUGACGACUGGUUUAGUCAUUUCCUCGUUUCCCUUCACCACAUUUUCUCAGAUCUCGCAUGAUUUGUAUAGUAGUGAACUAGCCUUUGAAAAUGUUAAGUUAUUAUUAAAUUAUGAACAAAUUUUGUAUUUAACUCUCACACUCAUGACAGUACACUUAUUCAAAGGUGUAUGAUGGUCUGCCAUUAGAGGGCAUCGUGAUCUACCUUUUCUUCCAGCCUUGCACAAUGAAAAUGAAUGCAGCACUGCAUCUAAUCCCUCUUAUGAACUGUACCACUAAAGGUCCCAAAAACAUACUUAAUGCUUGCACAUUCUGACACAAUAAAAAUGCAAUUACUCACAAAUGUAUUACUUUAAUUGCGUCAUUUUCUGGAGCACCUCGUAACGAAGCUGAGGAUUUGAGUCGUCCACCUGCACGUUAUUGAGCUGAAAUCACUGCUUAACCCUCUGGCUUUGUUCCUUUUUACUACCUGUUCAUUAUGUUCCAGGGCCACAAUCAGUUUAAGCUGUGAUUCUUUACAUUUUUAAAUUUUCACUGCAUAAAUAUGUUAACUAGAAUCACUUCUUGUACUUGUAUAAAAUAUUAAUUUAUUUUUAUUAUUUAACCAUUAAAAUGUUGUUUGACAAGUGACACUGGGAAAAAACAAUGGUUCUGAGACCAAAGGUGGUUUUUGUGUCACACAGGGCAGUCAUCCACAUAUCCAACAAAAUAACACAAACAUUCAUUUUAUGCAGUAUUAUUCUUUUGCAGGGAAAACAAUGAAUUACAUUUUUUUUGUUCCUUUCACUGCAUAAUUAUGUUAACUAAAAUCAGCUCUUGUAUUGACUAUUAAAUAUUUUUUUAUUUUUUAUAAUUUAAAUACCUUCUUUCAUCUGAAUCAUCCUUCUUUAGAUCAGCCCAUUUCCUUUAGAGGUGUAAACAAUUCAUUAACUUACAACAGGUAAGUGAUGUUGAGUUACGUCUGUCAGCCAACAUUCAUUACAUUAAAAGUCUCCUGUGUGUUCAUACAGCUCAUUCCCAUUCAUCAAUCACGUGACAGAAGCUGAUCAACAUUUAUAUCAAUUCUUGACCAGAUCUCCCUGAAUGCUUGGUUUGACCCCAUGACCUCGCUGGUCGUAACACACAGCCUAUAAAAGCAGGAAGUAGUUGGGUGUCACCUCCUUUUGCCUCCUGGAUCAAUGGAGAUCAGCUGGGCUACGCUUCAUUAAAGGCGCUGCUGCAUGUAAAGCUACAGGGAGGGACGGCUAACGGGUUGACGGUCCAACCACAACCAUCACCGCAAUAAAUCACUGGUGCUCAUAAUAUUUACAGUUGAGUCCCGAGGCCUCAUCCUAGCGCUUCGCUCUCAACCUGAUCCUGGUGUAGGAGCGUCAAGGCGACCGGAUGAACCCCGUCCAGGCUCUGCUCCUCGUGGCAGCAUCCCUCUCUGUUGGUGCUGCCAAGUGCAUGACCGGUGCUACAGUGACUCCAUGCAGUUCUCCAGAUGCUGGCCCAUCAUUGAAAACCCAUA